AAGAGAGCCCGGUUCACAUGCGCUUGUUCGCUUCCGCCUCACCGCCCCGCCUCCUUCUCUCUCCUUCUAUCUCCAAUCUGGACUACUCCAUUGCCCCCUUCGACUAUUCCGAGCUAGCCCAUGGCCGCAAUGGCGAGCAGCAGCCCCAUGGCGGUGAUGGCGACUCCGGCCGCCGUGCUCCUGGCGGCGCUGGUGCUGAUGAUGCUCAGUGGCGCGGAGGCCAAGUUUCUGCGGCCCAACAACAUCACCGUCGUUGGCUCCGUGUACUGCGACGCCUGCUCCAACAAUACCUUCUCCAAGCAUAGCUUCUUCUUGAAAGGAGCCAAGGUGCUGAUCAAGUGCAGCUUCAAGGUGAACUCGACGUCGUCCGAGGAGCUGUCCCUGGAAGCGGAGCGCACCACCGACCAGCACGGCGUGUACAAGCUGGACGUGCCCCCCGUGGACGGCUUCGAGUGCCGCGAGGGCCACGAGGUCCGGUCGGCGUGCCGCGCCACUCUGGUCCGGAGCUCCUCCGCCGCCUGCAACGUCCCGGGCCUCGGCGACUCCACGCAGCACAUCGCGCUCCGCUCCCGCGCCACCAGCGCCUGCUUCCUCAACCUCAACGCGCUCAACUUCCGCCCCGCCAAACGGGACGGCGCGCUCUGCCACGGCCACGGUCACGGGGACGACGGGGGCGACGCGUUCGGCUCCUCGCUUUUCUUCUGGCCGUUCUUGCCGCUCUUCUGGCCACCGUUCCGGGUCCCGGGCGGCGGCGCCGGCGGGACGGUGUCGUUCCCGUGGCCGUUCCCGGUGCCGGACUGGCUCGUGCCGUUCCUGCGGCCACCGUUCUUGCCAUUCCCGCUCUACGAGCCGGCGCCGGCGCCACCGCCGCCGUUCUACCGCUUCCCGCCUUCCCAAGAACCGGCCUCUCGGCCUUGAAAUCCAUGAGCGAAGAAGCUUUGUCAAUAUAUGAGAUGUUUUAGCCUUCUUUGCCAAGAUUUUUUUUAGAUUCUCUGUAUUAGUGAUGAGAAACUGAUGAUCAGAGGUCGUGUGAUAUUUGGUCCCAUCCCAUGUUAGUUUGACCUCCGUGCCACACGUAACUGAUGCUAGUGCUGGUGCUGCCAUCUAGUUCAUUGUGCUCAUGAACUGAUGAACAUGUGGUCUGAUAUUUAGUAGUGGCAAACUGGCAAAGGUACUUGUUAGCCCUUGUUUAGUUUUCUCCAAAACUCAAAAACUUUUUAA